AUGCAGUUGGUUCACCUCAACAUCGCGCUCGCUCUUUUCGCUAUAACCUGCUCGGCUGGCCCGAUCGCCCAGUUUACACCCAAGAUUCGAGAUCUGGAACAAAACAGCCAUAGCCCUGGACCUACAGUAUAUCCCAGCCCCUCGCCACUCGAUAUUCAUGUACCAGCGGCUUCGGAUGAAGCGAAUGGUGGUUUGGAUGUUGUUCCCAUCACGCCUUCCGUGACGGCGGAUGGUACUCAGGCGUCGGUGCUACAGGCUUCGUAUACCUCUACUGAGAUUCCUGGAUCGUCGAUGCUUCCGGCUGAGGGGCAUUCGGGGACAGUUACUCCAUCGGUAUCUAAAGAGGUUACGUUGCCUUCGUCUACAGCGGACAGUUCUCGUGCAACAGCGGAUAGUGGUACCUCUAGCUCUACUGAGAUACCCGCUUCUUCCACACUUGCAAGGGAAAAGCAUUCGUCUGCGAUCACUUCCUCAUCAGCAGAAGCUACUUUACCCUCAUCGGAGACAUCUGAGGUUGUUAUUCCGACCACCUCUUACUCUCAUUCGGCGUCCCACUCAGUGUCAACUCCGAGUGUGUCCAAGUCUACAACCUCAACCUCGAUCCCUGUUAUCAAGCACAGCCAGACGGCAGAACCUUCAUCUGAGCUUUCUACAGUUACGCCCCUUUCAAUCGUUGUCAUUUCACCAAGCUCCGCUCCAGCAAGCACCCCCACCACGACAUCCAGCCUGACCGUUGGUGUCGUUGGACCCUUGCCUGAUGCCGGGACGACCAGCUCGUCUCCUCCUUCAACUACUUUCUUACCAACGGCUCUGCCAGAAACUGCUUCAACGCCAACGGUGACCAAGACCACGACGUCUAGCGCGACUGCUAGCGUGGUAGGACCGCAACCCGAGACGGAUACAACCACCUCUUGUUCCUCUUCAACAGCAUCUGCAUCCUCUCUACCAGACACUACACCCACAGAGCCAGCAGGCCAAACCCGCAGCACCUCCAGUGCACACCCCACACCCACCACCACACCAAGCACAAGUACAGUCGGAAGGACAAGUACACCUCCAACCUUCAACUCUUCAACACCGGCCCCAUCCCCAUUCAUCGGAGAAAUCACAAGCAGUCAGCUCCAGGUCGCUAGCGGUACCGCCAGCGCCGACAGUUACGCCACACCCGUCCUCACUCCAGUAAUUGUCCUGGUUACACUGGGCGCAGAACCGACCCCCACGGCAACGACAACGACAACGCAGCCAGACCCAGACCCAAACGCAAAAGCAGAUCCAACAAGCACCCCUCCAUCUGGCCCAGGCACUGACCCUAACAAAACAGGGGAGAUAACCACGCUCCACGCGACAGCAACCAUAACCAAGAGCGUGGUCGUGUUUGCUUCCAGCGCUCCUACGGCCGAAGCGCCAGCUCCAGCUGCUGGUGCUGCGGAGACGGAACCGGGAUUGGGCUCAAAGGCAACACGUACGGGCACGCCUACGGCUACGACUACAACUACUGUCCCCUUCAGAGAUCCGGGGGAUGCCCAUUUGUCCAUUGUGCCUGUUACGCCGGGGGUGAUGACGGUGACCACCACCAAGACCGAGACCGAGACCGAGACCGAAACCGUGACUAAAACGGAGAAAGAGACUGUGACUCAGACGGUGACGAAGACGGAGACAGAGACCGAGAGGGAGACUGUCACUUUGCGGGGAAAUUAG